AUGGCGAAUUCGCGGUUGCUGCUCGUCUUCACUGCGCCCGCGAAGAGCGAGCUUCCUGUGGACUGGUGCGAUCACGAGCACCUGCCUGCGUAUGUCGCCGGUGCGGUGCCCAGCGUGCAGUCGUGCACCCGCUGGGCGGCGGCGGACAACAAGACCCCCGCCGUAAUCUCGCUGUACGACCUCCGCCUCUCAUCCUCUGCCUCAUCCUCCUCCUCCGGUCCGGCGUCGCCUUCGUCCCAACACUCGUCGUCUGAGGACGAAGAAGACUCCCAACCCUCGACACCGACAACUCCGGCAGCAUUCGGCGACGCGGACGAGAUCACGCUCGACUGGAAGUACGUCUCCCUCGUCGAGGUCGAGCUCGCACGCGGCACCGAGCGCGAGUUCCACCGCUGGUUCGACGAGGAGCACGUCCCGCUCCUCGCGCGCGUCCCCGGCUGGCGGCGGUCCCGCCGCUUCCGCCUCGAGGACGUCGUC